UGAUACUGAACUUUCUGCAGAAACAGAAAGGGAUCAGCCGUUCCAGCCCAAUUAUCAACCGAACUGCCCAAGUAUGACACGGCCGAAUGAGAGUCAAAUAAAUACUGUAGAGAACAUCAUUAAAGAUAGUUCGUCUGACGAUAAGGCAAUCGAAAUUAAUACCCGUGGUACGCAAACUACGGGUACGAAACCAGAAGUUGUUAUGAAUAAGAGGAAAAGAAAAAUCGAAAAAUCCAAGUUUGAAAAAAGAAAAAAGUAUGGUGUUGAAUUUCAAAGUGAGGUUCGACUUGACAGCAGAACUCGAUCAAGCUCAGAAUCUUCAUUUUCAGACAAUACCGACGCAAACUAAAUUAAAUUAAUAUCUCUAAUGUUCGUUCGUAAAAAAAAAAAAAAAUUAUAUUUCAUACAUAUUUAUUUUGAUAUCGUUUAGUUUAGACAGUAGUUGGAUUUAUAAUUGUUUACAUAAAUUCAUAAACUGUAUAGUUACCUA